ACGGAUGCUGCCAGAAUGCCGCUGUGCCACUGUGCGGUGAAACACAGCGAGUCCGACAUGGAGGGGUGCCGUUUCUCGCCGGUCGGAGGACUGAAGGUGUCCCUUCACUGGAAGGGGGAGGAGGAAGAGGAACGGUAUCUGGUUUACACUCAGGGGUCUCUGUGUGCCGAAGAGAUCUGCAUUGAUAUCGCGCAGAAGAUCGGGAUCACCCCGAUCUGCUACAGCCUGUUCGCUCUCUACGACCCGGAAGCCACGCUGUGGCUCCCUCCCAACCACGUUUUCGAAAUCAGCAGCGGAUUCAAGCAUACUCUGCAGUUUCGGAUGAGGUACUAUUUCCGAAACUGGCACGGGAUGAACGAUAAAGAGCCGGCCGUCUGUCGCAGCAUUCCUCGCCUGAGCGACGCGGAGGACAAGAGGGGGGAACAAGGCAGUGCCCUGCUGGAUAGAUCGUCCUUCAAGUAUCUCUUUGAGCAAGGGAAAUACGACUUCGUUAACGACGUCACCUCCCUGAAAGACCUUCACAGCGAGCAAGAAAUCCACCAGUUCAAGAAUGAGAGUUUGGGGAUGGCCGUCCUCCAUCUCUGUCACAUGGCCCUCCGGAGAGGCGUCUCUCUGGAAGAGGUGGCGGAGAAAACCAGCUUCAAGGAGUGCAUCCCUCGUUCCUUCUGCCGCCAGAUCCAGCAGAACAACUACCUGACCAAGUUCCGCAUGAGGAACAUCUUCAAGAAGUUCCUGCAGCGCUUCCAGCGGCACACGAUGAGCGCCGGCAAGCUGACUGAGCAGGACAUCAUGUACAAGUACCUGGUGACCUUGGAGAACCUGGCCCCUCGGUUCGGGAGCGAGGUGUUCCCGGUCCUCUCCCUGGAAACGAUUUCGGAAGGCGAGAAGGUGCCGCUCUACAUCAACGGCGGGCACGCCCCUCUGGAGAACUCCCACGAGUCCCCGGACAGCAACAGACCUGCCACCCACGAGGUCAUGAUUACGGGUACCGAAGGCAUUCAGUGGCGGCUCAUCUCUGCCGAGAGAGUCGAAAGCCACCCGCAUCGAGGUUAUUUGGGGAAGAAGGCCAAGACGAAGGACCACAAAGCCAACUGGUCCUACCAGCCAGUGGAAAAACGCGAGCCCAAGUGGGCGCGCUUCUGUGAGUUCCAGGAGAUCACGCACAUCGUUGUCAAGGCCUGCAAAGUCAGCAUCCACCGUCAAGACAACAAGUGCCUGGAUCUGACUCUUCCGUCCCACGAGGCUGCCCUGUCCUUGGUGUCUUUGGUGGACGGUUACUUCAGGCUGACCGCGGACUCUAGCCACUACCUGUGCCACGAAGUCGCUCCACCACGGCUUGUGAUGAGCGUCUUGAACGGGAUCCACGGCCCAAUGCAGGAAGAGUUCAUCCUGGCCAAACUGAAGCGGGAGGAGCAGGAGGACGGCCUGUACGCCCUUCGCUGGAGCGUCCUGGACUUCAACAGGAUGAUCUUGUCUGUGAUGAGGAGAGGCCAGAACGGCCGGGUCCAGGAUGCCACCAGCUACAGACAGUUCCGGAUCCAGAGGAAAGGAAGCUCCUUCGUGCUGGAAGGCUGGGAGCAGAAGUUUUCCAGCGUGCAGGAACUGAUGAACGCUCUCAAAGGAUGCACGUUACGAUCGGGAAACGAGACCUUUGUUUUGAAGAGGUGCUGCCUCCCCAAACCAGGAGAAAUCUCAGACUUGCUGAUCACGCGGAAGGUGAAAGACGGCAGCCGUCAGAUUCUAAACUUGAGCCAGCUGAGUUUCCACCAGAUCCGAAAGGACGAGAUCACCCAGAGAGCCCACCUGGGACAAGGAACACGAACCAACAUCUACGACGGCUUGUUGCGCGUGUGUGGUGGGACCGGCGGUGACGACGAGACAGAGUAUUUCUCCACGGAGCAGAACAACAACAGCCGGGAGAUGCGGGUGGUGCUCAAGAUGCUGGACCCCAGCCACAGGGACAUCGCACUGGCGUUCUUCGAGACCGCAAGCCUCAUGAACCAGGUCUCCCACAUCCACUUGGCAUUUGUGCACGGGGUGUGCGUGCGGGGCUCCGAGAACAUAAUGGUGGAAGAGUACAUUGAACAUGGCCCUUUGGAUGUCUUCUUGCGCAAAAACAAAGGGCGGAUAACGGUCGGCUGGAAGUUCACUGUCGCUGCGCAGUUAGCGAGCGCCCUGAGUUACUUGGAAGACAAAAACCUGGUGCACGGGAACGUCUGCGCCAAGAACAUCCUGUUGGCCAGGAAAGGCCUGGAAGACGGCUUGAAGCCGUUCAUUAAGCUCAGCGACCCUGGAGUCAGCUUCACCGUCCUCUCCCGAGAAGAGCGAGUCGACAGGAUCCCGUGGAUUGCUCCCGAGUGCGUCAAAGAUGUCGGCAACCUCAGCACCGCGGCCGACAAGUGGAGCUUCGGAGCGACGCUGCUGGAGAUCUGCUUCGACGCGGAUGUGCCCCUGAAAGAGCGCACCCCCUCCGAGAAGGAGCGUUUCUAUGAGAAGAAGCACCGCCUGCCGGAGCCGUCCUUCAAGGAGCUGGCCACCCUGAUCAGCCAGUGCCUCAACUACACUCCGGAGGAGCGGCCUUCCUUCCGCACCAUCCUGCGAGACCUCACCCAGCUGCAGCCAAACAAUCUCCUCGACAUCACCUCCGUCGACCCCGUCAGCCCCGUCUCCGACCCCACAGUCUUUCAGAAGCGAUACUUGAAGAAGAUCCGAGAUCUGGGAGAGGGCCACUUCGGGAAGGUGAGCCUGUACUGCUACGACCCCACCAACGACGGGACGGGCGAGAUGGUGGCCGUCAAGGCCUUGAAGUCGGGCUGCAGCCAGCAGCUCCUGGCCAGCUGGAAGAAGGAGAUUGAGAUCCUGAAGACCCUCUACCACGAGAACAUCGUCAAGUACAAGGGCUGCUGCAGCCAGCAAGGGGAAAAGGUCGUGCAGCUGAUCAUGGAGUACGUUCCUUUGGGGAGCCUCAGGGACUACCUUCCGAAGCACCACGUCAGCCUGGCUCACAUCCUUCUCUUCGCCCAGCAGGUCUGCGAGGGGAUGGCUUAUCUCCACUCCCUCCGCUACAUCCACCGGGAUCUGGCAGCCAGGAACGUCCUCCUGGAGAAUGAGAAUGUGGUCAAGAUCGGGGACUUCGGCCUGGCCAAAGCCAUCCCGGAAGGACACGAGUACUACCGGGUGUGUGAAGAUGGAGACAGCCCUGUCUUUUGGUAUGCCAUGGAGUGCCUGAAGGAGUGCAAGUUUUACUAUGCCUCUGACGUCUGGUCCUUUGGGGUGACUUUAUACGAGCUGUUGACACACUGUGAUCCUGGUCAGAGCCCCCCAACGAAAUUCAUUGAGAUGAUCGGCGUAACUCAGGGGCAGAUGACGGUGCUGAGGCUGAUAGAACUGCUGGACAGAGGGAGGCGACUGCCCAGCCCCAAGGAUUGCCCUUGUGAGAUCUACCGCCUGAUGAAAAACUGUUGGGAAUCGGACGCCGCCUUCCGCCCCACCUUUGCCAACCUCGUGCCCAUCCUCAAGGCCUUCCACGAGAAGUACAGGGCCCAGGCGCCCUCGGUCUUCAGCGUCUGUUGAGCGGGAGGGCGGAGACCCUCGCCCGGAGCCCACGCUCCCGUUUGCACUCAGUGUCUCGACGCCAUCUCCACCUCUGGAAAGCCGCGGUGGUGCGGAGACUGCUUUGGCGCGACUUCUGCCACCUGACCUCCAGAACUGAUGCCGAACGCCCCCACCUCGGCGAAGGGGGGCCGGUCCCCCUCCCACCAAAUGUGAUGCCGCUUGAGCCCACCUGGUUUCUGCUCUGCCUGGAACGAAGGCAGAGGCGGGGUUAGGAAACCGCGUCUGCCGUCCGUUUGCGCGGCUUGCCUGAGCGGUGCGAAGGAGGCGCCAUGCUCGAUGCGAGCGCAUAGAAGUCAGCCGCUGUGCUGACGUGCACUUACGCCUUCACGGACCUCUGGGCCUGUUGGUCGGUCUAGCGCGGACUAAGUGAGCAGCUACGGUUAAAAGGAUGCUGCCGGGUUAGGAAGGCAGGACGUCCAAGGUCCCAGCCGUGGGCAAGAGCUGCGUUGGAGCAGAUGUGUGACGCUUAAGAGCAGUUAGGGCUACAUCUGCUUACCGGACAGAAGGAACCCAACACUGUCUGUCUGUUUCCUGUUCCCUUCAACACUUUUCUAAAGAAA